AUGACUGCACUAUCCUCUGGAAUAGGCAUAGCAGAUCUAGAUGCCAGCACCCACACCAACACGCCGAAAUUCAGAAACACAAUCCAGAACCACCCCGGGAUCAAAGCAGAUAUGAAGCAUUGCCUCUCAAGCAUUGGAACGGACGAAGACUACAGCCUCUUCUGCGAAUACUAUAGCAUUUCGCCAGAUGCCGUUCGACAGCUGGUCGAAUACAGCACGGGAUACGGGCCGUAUGACAACGCUCUGGAGGUUUUGAACCUUGGUGCUGAUCUGUAUCAUCUGGGGCAUGGGGCACCUCCUGGCGUUCUGGAUUAUGGCUUUCAGGGUGUUCUUGAGUGUGUUAAAAAGUGUUUGGCUCGAAUUAAGUUCGAAAUGGGGGGUGAUGAGGAGGAGGAGGAGGAGGAGGAGAAUGAAGAUAGGGAUCUACUCAAGGAGAUGGAUGACGCUUGUGGUGAGUUUUGGUAUGCUUGGAAUGUCUAG